AUUGAUUGAUAAAUGUGUUCUUCUCGUCCUCCAUUCCAAUCUUCCAAUCCAUUUCAAUUCAAUCCAUACCAUAAUUCUCUCAAUUUAUUCAGACCAUACAUUCACUAAUGAAAUUAUAAUGAUUUUCUCUAUUUCAUCUUCCCCUUCGCUCAUCACUUCGUUCACCACUGCUAGGUUUCCCACUUCUGCUCAUUUAGUAGUAGCUUCUACUUCGAGAAUCUCUUCCUCGGUCGCCGCUGUCGCUAGAUUGAGGAGGAGCCCGUGUCCGUAUAUUGUGUUUUGUGCUUCCAAGGUUCGAGGAAUGGAGGAGAUGGUGGACGAGAAAAAAGGCGGUGCAGCUGCGGCAGCAACAGUCGCGUCCAGCUCCUCAGACCGCCACGAGAUUUCGUCGUCUCGGAUUUUCCUUGAUGCGCGUUCUGAACAAGAUCUUUUAAUAGGAAUACAAAAAGAGACAGAAGCUGGAAGAUUGCCAAUACAUAUUGCUCAGGGUAUGGAGGAGUUGUAUCAGAAUUACCGAAAUGCAGUUUUCCAAAGUGGACAGCCCCAAGCCGAGGAGAUUGUUUUGUCUAAUAUGGCUAUUGCAUUAGAUCGUAUUUUACUGGAUGUGCGGGAUCCUUUUGAAUUCUCACCCCAUCAUGAAGCCAUUCGAGAACCUUUUGACUACUUCAUGUUCGGUCAAAAUUAUAUCCGUCCAUUGAUUGAUUUCAGAAAUUCAUAUGUCGGAAACAUCUCAAUUUUCAAUGAAAUGGAAAAGAAGCUUCAGCAGGGUGAGAAUAUUAUAUUAAUAUCCAACCACCAAAGUGAAGCGGACCCAGCUGUUAUUGCUCUGUUGCUUGAAUCCACGUGUCCACACAUCGCUGAGAAUUUGAUCUAUGUGGCAGGAGAUAGGGUUGUUACAGAUCCUCUUUGCAAACCAUUUAGUAUGGGAAGGAAUCUUUUGUGUGUUUAUUCCAAGAAACACAUGAAUGAUGACCCUGAGCUUGUUGAUAUGAAAAAAAGGGCUAAUACAAAAAGCUUGAAGGAAAUGGCCCUUCUUUUGAGGGGUGGAUCGAAAAUUAUAUGGAUUGCACCAAGUGGUGGAAGGGAUCGCCCAGAUCCAGUCACAAAAGAAUGGCAUCCAGCACCUUUUGAUGCAUCCUCGGUGGACAAUAUGAGAAGGCUAACUGAACAUGCUGGGAAUCCUGGUAAUAUAUACCCCUUAGCAAUGCUGUGCUACGAUAUUAUGCCGCCUCCUGCACAGGUUGAGAAAGAAAUUGGUGAGAAAAGAUUGAUUUCCUUUCAUGGUACUGGAUUGUCAGUUGCACCCAAUAUCAGUUAUCAUGAAAUUGCUGCUGCUAUGGAAGACCCUGAAGAGGCAAAGGUGGCAUAUACACAAUCACUGUAUUCUUCUGUCAACGAGCAGUACAAUGUGCUCAAAUCUGCGAUACAUGGCAAGCAAGGUCUCAUGGCGUCAACUCCUAUCGUCUCACUAUCACAACCUUGGCAAUAGUUUUCUAUCCACAAACUUACCACAUUUUCCUUUAUAACCAUGCUAAAAGUCGUUUGACGCGACCAUAGCACUUGAAGCUGAGAACUGCAUAUAGUCUAGUCUAGGAGUGCAAUUGCAAGCUUACGGAAAGUUUAGGCUUCUAAUAUUUUGUCUGGAAUACCCUUUUAUGCGAGGGGCAAAGAAGGGUUAUGCCUUGGGAGUUUCACAAAUUAAGCUCAGCCAUGUAUAGCUUCUCCGUAGAUCACAUGAAAGGCCGAAAAUUGGUCAUUGAUGAGCAACUAUUCUUAUAUAGUAUGUGUAUCUUUAUAUUAAGUUUUGCUGUGUCUUUUGGUUUGAUCGAGAGCGUGCAUGUAAAACGAAGCUUUCAAGGGGAACAUAAAAGAUAUGCCUAGUGAUGGUAUUCUACAAGGAAGUAACCUUUGUAUAAAAUUCUGCGAACUGGGAUGGGUCAGCCCAGAUCUGGGAGGUUGAAUUAGCGUACCACGAAUACCCAUUGACAAUCUACCGACUUUAUUACGACCGAAUUUGAAAAAUUACUGUUACAGUUUC